AUGUCUCGAAAUGUGAUCAAUAUCGGAUUUCCAACCCCCCUUAAAUUGAUGACAGAGAUGACCGGGCUGAUCCACGAAGGCGUGAUUGGUCCCAUUCGGCACCUGACUACUUUCUGUAUUUCUCGCCUGGAGACCGCUAUGAAUUCUUUUUUCAAGGGAUUGCACACCGAGCAGUUUAUCAUAACUUUACGAGAUCCGAAUGCCACACUGAAGAUUUCACGGCCAGUAGUUCGAGCUGCUUUUGAUCUCAAUGCCACAUAUCUACUAGUUGGCUGCCUGGGCGGUCUUAGUCGGAAUUUAUCCACUUGGAUGGUCGAGCACGGAGCUCGGCAUUUGGCGUUACUCUCCCGGCCUGGGGCUAACAAGCGUGAAGCUGUCUCAAUUGUGGAAGAGCUAGCCGCAGCUGGUGCCGACCCAGAAGUAAUCCAAUGCAACGUUGCUGAUCAGAAUGCUCUCGCCUCCGUGGUAGAGAAGCUAACUGCGAUGCGGCAAGUGAAAGGAAUGAUUCACGCUGCAAUGGAUGCGCUCUUCGAAAAUGCCACUUGGUCCCAAGUACAGAAGGUCCUUGAGCCCAAACUCAUAUGCACCAUCAACCUUCAUAACGCCACGAAGAGUCUCCCACUUGAAUUUUUCUUGAUGACUUCUUCUAUUGUGGGGACCGUGGGUACACCUAGCCAAGGAGCAUACACAGCCGCAAAUGCAUUCCAGGACUCGUUCUCCAAGUAUCGUGAUUUGCAGUCCCUACCUGCCACAACCCUCAGCCUUGGAUUGAUCCUGGAAGUCGGCUCUGUCAGCGCUUCUAUCGGAUUCCAGCAGAUGCUUCAGCGAAAUGCCACCUACGGCGUGUCAGAAACCGAUUUUCUACAGCUGCUAGAAGGUGCCCUUUGCAAGCCGCAUCUCUCAUCAGAAGAAUCAUCCUUCUCCAAUCGUGACACUAGUCACCCAGCACAAGUGUACAACAAUUCUAGAUUCCAGGGAGUUAGACAGGCGAUUUCCGACCGGGCUCGGACACUUGCCUCUGCUGGAAGCAACUCAUCAGGAGGUACCUCUUCGAUCGCCACACAGUUACAAAAUGCGUCGACACUUUCUGAAAAGCUGGAUAUCUCGCGGGCGGCCAUCACUACGCGUCUCGCACAGCUCCUCAGCGUAGCAGCUGACAAUAUUGACUCUAAUAUGCCGGUCUCACGAUAUGGUGUGGAUAGCCUGGUGGCAGGAGAGUUGCGGAACUGGCUGAUCAAGACUUUCGGGCUUGAGGUUUCAAUGCUCCAGCUGUUAAGCAAUAACGCAAAGAUCGAGGACUUGGUUAAAGGUGCCGCCAAGGUAGAUGGUUAG